GUAGAAAUAGGAUUAACUUUCUUGAUAAUUUUAGGUUAUUUUUUCUCAUCCUGAAGUAGUGAUUAUCAAGAUGUUGAGAAAUUUCACCUCUCUACAAACAUUUACGUAUUAUGAAAGCUCAGUCCAGCAUAACCACAUAUGUCCCGAAUAAACACAUACCCACACGUAGAAAUAAUAUGUAAACGACACAUUCGAUACAAGUCCUUUCAAUGUAAAUCUGCUUCAUUUCAGUUAAUUCAAUUUACAACAUUCAUAAGUGUUUAAUAAAUAUGCUGUCACGUAAAAACAAAGAUCUGCGUACAAUUAAAGAAGGCGUCGUUGGGAAAUAUGUUAAAAAAGAAACACCCCCCGAAAUGCCUAUUAUCAACGUAUGGACAACUGAACCGGUCAGAAGAAUAAGAAGAUUCAAUCAAUCAUCUAUACCACCGUCUGCGCCUGUAGUUCAACAGCCGAGUAUGGUCCAAAAAUUUGGAAACACAAAAACAACCAUGAGCGCAGUUGGAUUGGGAAGUCACGAGGGCAAAUAUACACCCAAUAGCUCUGUUCCAGAUUUAGCUCAAAGAUUUGCCAGCCUUUCUGUUACUUCCAGUUCCAGCGACGGUACGACCUCACGUACUCCGACUCCUAUGUAUCAUCCUGGAUUGUCCCCUGCAAUUUCGCACACCUAUGUGAACCAAUAUGCUGGCUCUGAAUAUCAUUUGGAUAGGAUACAAACACCUCAAUUACCUUACCUGCCUUCUGAAAUCGAUCUAGGUUAUGAAGAUUAUAAUCAGACUCCGUAUUGCCAAAACUCUGGGUACAAUAGGAGGCACUCCGAAAGAUCAAGUUCUAGAGGGGAACCACCAGAAGAGUUACCACUGCCACCAGGCUGGUCGGUUGAUUUCACUCUGCGUGGUAGAAAAUACUAUAUUGACCACAAUACCAAAACUACGCACUGGUCUCAUCCACUUGAAAAAGAAGGUCUACCAACGGGUUGGGAGAGAAUAGAAUCCCCAGAAUAUGGAGUAUAUUAUGUGAAUCACAUCACGAGGCAAGCGCAAUACGAACAUCCAUGUUAUCCUUUGGAAAUGCAAGCCGUUCGUGUUGUUUCACCUCCGCGACACACGCAUUUUCAUUCUCAUAGCGUUCUAGUUCCGGCAAAUCCUUAUCUAAAUGAAGAAAUCCCACAUUGGCUUUAUGUAUACAGCAGAGCAUCCGUUGCUUUGGAUCGGAAAUUACGCUGGGAGCUCUUCCGUCUUCCGGAAUUGGAUUGUUUUAACGCGAUGCUCACUAGACUAUACAAACAAGAACUAGAAGAAGUUGUAAUGCGAUACGAAGAGUACAGAUCUGCCUUGCUGUGUGAAAUGGAACAGAGAUUGAAGGAAUUGAAACCCGAAUCUGGAGGAUCCACCGCAGGAGCUGUUGCCCUACGCAGAUCCUUGCCUUAAGACUGUAAAAUGUCAACAGAAGCUGUAGUAAAACUUCAUUUAUUUGUGUGAUUGACUAAACAGAGUUCCUCAAAUGUCGUUUACGAGCAUUUGGUAUAGAAGUAUUCUCUUUCUUCAUAUGCAAAUCCGAGUCGCGCUGCUUGAGGCAAUCGGAGACAAUUCUUAUGAGAAGGGAACAGAGACCUACAUAAACAUGUUUGGUCAUAGGUUUAGGAGUGCUCUGGAGUAAGACUAUGGACAAAUCAUCUUCAAUGCAUAAAAUGAAAGUGCCUUAAUAAUCCUCUACUAACUCAGAACCUAUAAUAAGAGGAGCCUUAUGGGUUUAUGUCAUUUUGAUUAUGCAUAUUUACAUUACCAGAUGCCUUAAAUUUAAUAUAAUUUUUGGAUAGAUACAAAAUUGAAAUGAAACCAAGUCUAAGAAGUCUCAUCACGAUUCAGUGCACCGCUGAACUUCUAUAAAAUACGUGAAUAUGUGUCUACUUGUCAUUGUAAUAUAAUUCCUACAACUUGCAGCGCCAUCUCGUGGCAACUGCUGUCUUAUUAGUAGAUAUUAUGAGAGAACAAAGUCCUCUUACUGUUGAUAGGGGAUCAUUAUCCUGCAUCCGUACUCUUAGUUUACGCUCGAUCCUUACUACGUCCCCAUUAACAAUAGCAGCUCGUGUAGUGCCACCAAUCAAAAAGCAAUAUUAUGGAAAGGCUCGACGAUGGUCAUAAAAGUGGUCCAUUCUUUGGCAUGAAUUAUAAUGACUCUUCUUUCUCUGAACCAAUUGGCUAUGCCCUCGAGGAACAGAUUAUUGGUAAUUUGCAUACACAAAAAAUUGUGUGAUCAAAUUACCCAUGAUUUUUGUAUCUUUAACCCCUUUGUAUUUAACAACAUUGGUCGAAUUCACCGGUUGUUCAACUUUCAGGUUGCACGUCCCAUCAACGUAACUAGUAAGAGAGUUCGAAGUAACAGCUACAGGUAGGGACAACGAGUCCGUAUACCAACAAAGCAUCAGUCUUUUUUCAAAUGCACAUUACUGAAAUAUUUUUUUGUCAAAGUACCUCAUCUCAUCAGUAUCAUCUAUAAGGUUUAAUAAAACAAUAAAUAACUGAGAAAUGAAGAAGUUAUGAUUAUUUGAGUUGGAAGGUGUUUCCAAAUACAAGUUAAAUUGAAUAAGAGUUGAUCUCGUAUUUUUUAAAUCAGGCGAAACUGGCUUUGCGCAACAUACAGGUAAAAAGAUAAGAUUUGUAUUUCUUGAUUCAUCAAAAAUAUUUCUUUUCGGUGAUGACGGAAUAUUUAAAUUCGUUGAAAAGUAAGUGUGCCAGCUAACUCAACAAUUAUUAUCUCGAAUUCCACUCAUCGUAGAACGAUGAACGAACGGGCUAAAGCCCAGGGAAGUGAUUGGAAAUCUUGACAAAACAAAUGUAAAUUAUUUAAGUAAUUUAAAUUAGUAUAAACGAUUAAAUUAUUCAACUUAGGCACCAAUUUAGGUACUUUUUUAAAAUGAUUAAAAAGUUGUUAUUCAAAUCUUAGCUCAAGUGUGUAAGAUAUAUAUUUCUUCAUGAUGGCAACUCUAAUAACUUAUUUUUUAUUUUUAAUAUCCAAGAAAAUGAUGUGCCGUGCGGCAUCAUCACUUUCUCUGCUAUUGAAAAUCUGCUAUUAUCAAGUUUUCAAUCUGAAAAAAUAUAUAUCGAACACAUUUACAGACUCGCGUUUACUUUUUUAGUAAAAUUGAAUAUUCAGUCGUUUUCGAUACAAAAUAAUUUCUAUCGAACUAAAACAUGAGUGCAAUUUCUUUUUAAGUAUAUUGUGUGCAAAAAAAAUUGCAUUCGAUUUACAAAAUACGAGGUCAAGAAACUUCAAAAUUUGUCCAGUUUGACAUCGAUAUACCUAUAAAUUCACUUUUCAAUAUAUUGUCAUUUGAUUCCGUUGUAACCAUGAUAGUUACAUAUUGAUGAUAACUCGUUUACUCUGAAUCAAGCGGGUACUUUGCAUAUGGUCCGCAGGUGAUGCAGGUUAAAUACAAGUAAAAUUUGGAUUUACUAUGUCGUAAUUUGUUCGAGGCAAUCCACAUUUGCGUUUACAUUUCGUAGAGUUCACUAACUGUCAAAAAAUAUUUGAAGUCUACUAUUAUUUAUCUAUAUUCCUAACAUUAAAUCACAUUUAUUCAUGAACUGCUAUGUAUCUAGAUUCCGCAGAAAUCGUUGCAUCCCACAAAUCUUAGUGCUGGAGUCCAAUGCCGCUCUCGUUCAAAUUUAUCCACACAGCAAACAGUCGCGUCUUAUUAUUAAGUACUUAAUGAGACAAUCGAAAAUUAACUAGUCUUUUUCAUAUCACACAUUGUGUUAGCAUGUAUUUUUAUUAUGACUAUUUUACAAUGUAAAAACUAGAGUAUUAAUCAUCACUUGUUAAGUGAAUUAUUUCAACUUGACACUGCCUCUUCCUUUCCAAGAGUGCCUUCAAGGGGUGUUCCAGUAUACAUAUCUUCGCCCUCUUUUAUUUCGUAUGAUCCUUUUACUUGAAACCCAGACAUUUGUACUACCCUUGCUUGCGGGAUUCCUAGAGUGUGCGCCCAGCUCCUUGCUACGUAAUAAAUGAAUCGGUAGAUAUGAUUACAUUGUCCUUUACCAUAAAUCGCAUUUACUAAUUCUUGUACCUCGGAUUUUACGAAAGGUCUAACCA